AACGUAGAGAGAGAAAGAAAGAGAGAGGGGGAGAGAGAGAAGAGAGAGAGAGAGAGAGAGCAGUGGGGAAAGGUAAAGGUGAGGCGAGAAACUCAUUUGCAGAAAUACCAUCCAGCCAAGGUGACUCUCUCUCACACACACGCACUCUCCUUCGACCCUAAUCAAUCAAUCGGUCGAUCGAUCGAUCAGAUAACGGAACCCAGAUUCUUGUGGUAGUUCGGGUGUUCUUGGAUUCCAUGUUUACGGACGAUGAUUGUCGGUAAUUGGUAAGAUAAGGUUGGGACUUGACCGGGUUUUCUGGAUUUUAUGAUGUUUUGGAUUUCUUUGCUUGUACCCUUGAAGCCCCUUGUGUGAUAAGUUCUAAAUUUAGGGAAAUUGUUUCUGCGUAUGGGGAAUCUCGAACCGAUUUGGGUUUCGUUUUCGCUGAGCGUAAGAUCGAUUUCCGGAUCUCUUUAGUUGUUGCCAGCUGUUUAUUGAGAUAAGCUCGAGGGAAAUAAAUCAAAAUCAAAUCUGUUACAUCUGCGAUUGUUUAUCGGAGAGAAAAACAAUCAACGUUUGGGAUGCAUCCUGCUGCUGCUUCAAGGGAUUGAUUUUACCAUCUUCAAGCUGUUAAUCGAUCAAGAGCUUUUAGAAAAAUGGAUAAAAAGAAAGUUGUGGCAGCCGUGGGAGAUGAGGAAGCCUUAUUUUUGAUAGGAAAUCAUACAAACCAUGAAUCUGAUGAGAUGGAAACCGAUGAAACUAGAAUAGAGACUCAAAAUAACGAUACUGUAACCUGCAAAUCAGACGACAGGGAUGAUGAAAACGUGGUGUUCUCAAAAGAAUCAUCACCUCUUGUAAGUAAAUCCACCUUGCUCUCAACAGAUUCUGGAGCUAUAAAAUUUGAAAAAUGUUCACAAGAGAAGAAACUUAGUAGACAAGAUAGGAUUGAAUUGGGGCGAUUGUUUCAAGGUGCAGUGAGUUCCCAUGAUUGGGAACUUGCAGAAAGUUUGAUCUCUUUAGCAGAUCCACAAACACUUAAUGAUGCUCUCUGCAUUUCACUCGAUUCAAUUUGGUUUUUAAGCACCCAUCAUGAACUCGAUGGAAUCACUGCUUUAAUCAAAACCAUAAUCUCCAAUGGUGCUUCUGAUUUCACAAGAGCAGCAUUAAGAACUUCCUUCUUAGCUUCAUGUGUUUCCGCCUGUCAAAGCCGCACUAUGAGCCUUGCAGAUACCGUAUCCGUAAUGGCAAAACGGUUACAUGAACGAUUACAGGAGUGUAAUGGGGAUGAAGUGUUGAAAGCCGAAGCUGGUGCUAAAGUCCAGAAGUUCACGGAAUGGGCAUUGAAAUGUAUAGGAUUCCAUUCCCGUUGUCAAGGGAACAAAGACAGAGUGAAUCAGAAUUCCGCUGCUCAAGUUCAAUUACAGUUGUCAGCUUUCAAGACUUUCUUGGAUCUUGCUGGGAAUCAUUUAACAGGGAAGGAUUUCACAGAAGCAUUCGAUGCAGCUUGUUUUCCUCUUACUUUAUUUUCUAGUUCUUUUGAUCCUGGUUGGGCAUCAGGUAUGUCAGCAACUGCAAUUCAAGGGUUGUUGGCCAUGUUAGUAGAAGGAGGCGCCGAUAAUGUCAAUCAAUGCUUUCUUGAAGCUUCAAGAUUCGGAAGCACAGAGCUUGUUCGCAUCUUAUUGCAAAUUGCUCAAAGAAACAGCUUGGAUGUAGACGUUGAUUUAGCCCUAGGAUUCGCCUCCCACUACUCAAAAAUCUCCACCAUGGAAUGUCUAGUGGAAGAAGGAAACGCGAUGGCUUUCCUGGGCCCACUAAUGAGAGCCGCCGAACGCGGUUGCAUGCAGGUGGUCCAGUGGUUCGUGAAACGAGGCUGCCGGGACAUGGAACUGUGUCUAGCCCUUACUGCCGCCACCUCCUCCAGCCAAGUCGACAUCGCCGCCUAUCUCCUCCCUCACGUCCCCCAACACGUCCUAGCGGCACUCAGCAUCGAAAUCCUCAAAGCCGCCGGAGAACGCUCCGGCGGCUCCCUCGAAGGUGUCGCCUUCCUCCUCCAAUCCAAUUUCCUCGGCGACCCUGCCGCCACGUACGCGGUGGCGGAUUCGAUUUCGCGGUCGGAUGACGACUCGGUGGCGCCGGAGCUCCGGGAGUUUUUACAGGAGGAGUGGUCGGAGGCGGCGUUUUUCGCCGGAGUAAGCUCCGGCGAGGUUCAUUACUUUAAUUUUGUUAGUAUUUCAAAGUGGGGUGAGUCUCCGAUCAGUUUGAUGGAUUUACCGGGGCCUUUGAGGGUGGCGAUUGCGUAUUUACCGCUGUAUAGGGAGUGUGUGAAGGCGGGCGGUUGUUUGUUGUCGCAGCAGCUGAGGGGGCGGUUGGUGGAGGCGGUGAAGCGGUUGGGUGGGGUGGUGAUGGAGGAGGCAGGACAGGGGCGGGAGCUUUUGGGGGUCUUGGAGCAACACCUUCCUCCAUUUUUGUUGAAGGGAUGAUAAUGAUGAUGAUGAUGGUAUGAUAUGAUGUGAUGAAAUGUGUUGUGUUUUAAGAAGUGAUGAAGAAAUUUUGGAUCUUUGUGGAUCCUGUUGAAUGAAUGAAUGAAUGAAUGAAUCUUGUGUCAAAUGAUCUUUGUAGAAGUGAUAUGACAAUAGAGAUUUGUGAAAGCUUAAGUGGCAUUAUUCCAAUCUUUUAAGAAUUUCACUUUGGUAA